AGCAUAUAUGCCCGAAUAAAAUACAGCUGGAGAGAUAGACAGAUAUACAUGCAUGCUCCAAAUUUGCAGACGUAGCAAUCAGCAGGGAAGAGUUGGGCUGGCAUUUGGCGAGGUCGUCGUCUGCUGCUGAUAAAGGCGGCCAUCCUCGAGAACUGGUCCAUCGAGGUGUUCUUGGAAGGUUCUCCCAUGUCAGGGAGCAGUUGACGUCGCUAGCUAAGCCACGAGACCCUCGACUUGCUCUGCAUACGCACACACGCAGACGUGCACACUCGGGGGGCGGCCAACAACAUCUGUCACGGGAAAGAAAGCAAUUAAAGAAGAAGCUGCAGUCUGCAGAGAGGAAGAAGAAGAAGGAGAGAUGAUGGGGGGCGAUCAGGGAGGGAAGAUGGUGAAGAGCUUGAGAGGCGCGGCGCAGAAGUACCUCGGCGUGGGGUUCUUGCUGGGGUUCUUCCUCGUCCUCCUCACCUACUUCACCGUCUCCGAGCAGUUCGCCAUCGCCGCGCCCAACGCUAUCCGGAGGUCUUCACCGGGGCACAACACGCCGGCAACCCCGGCCGUGGCAGAGAAGACGCACCAGCUCCCCAUCGUCAAAGAGGAGGAAGAACCCAAACCCAAGCCAGAAGAAGUGCAGGAGAAGCCCCCACCUGUCGUGGACGAAGAGCAGGAGACCCACCCAGAAACAGAGGAGGCCCCUGGCGCUGGCAGCAGCACCGCUGUGCCCGUGAGAAGCACGCCGGACGAGAGCGCGCCGGCGAAGAAGCCGGCGUGCGACAUCCAGGGUCCGUGGGCCUCCGACGUGUGCGCCAUCGACGCCGGCGUGCGCAUCCAGGGCUCCGCCCGCACGGUGCUCAUCACGCCGCCCAUCGAGUCCGGCGGCGCCAACCCGAACCCGCAGUCAUGGCAGAUCGUCGCCUACUCCCGCAAGCACCAGGCCGGCAUGAUCCCAAUCACCGUGCGGGAGCUGGCCACGGCGGCGGAAGCCCCCGCCUGCGACGUCACCUCCGAGGUGCCCGCCAUGGUGUUCGCCAUGGGCGGCCUGACGGGCAACUACUGGCACGACUUCAGCGACGUGAUGAUCCCGCUCUACCUCCAGGCAUCGAAGUUCCAGGGCGAGGUCCAGCUCGUGGUCACCAACCUCCAGCCAUGGUACGCCGGCAAGUACCGGCAGAUCCUCGGCAAGCUCUCCAAGUACCAAAUCAUCGACAUGGAUAACGACAAACAGGUGAGGUGCUACCCGCGGGGCAGCGUGGUGGGCAUCCGGAUGCACAAGGAAUUCAGCAUCGAUCCGGAGAAGGCCCCCACGGGGCACUCGAUGCCGGAGUUCACGGCCUUCCUCCGCGACGUCUUCUCCCUCCCGCGGGCCAAGCCGACGCCGCCCGCCGCCAUUGUUUCCGGUGAGAAGAAGCCGAGGAUGAUGAUCAUCUCGCGGCGCCACCCGCGGGCGCUGGUGAACGUGGCGGCGGUGAAGGCCAUGGCGGAGCGGGUCGGGUUCGAGGUGGUGAUCGGCGACCCCCCGUUCAGCCAGGACGUGGGCGCGUUCGCGGCGGAGGUGAACACCGCCGACGUGCUCCUCGGCGUCCACGGCGCCGGGCUGACAAACUCCCUGUUCCUCCCCACGGGGGCCGUGUUCAUCCAGAUCGUGCCCUACGGGAAGAUGGAGCACAUCGCGGAGACGGAUUUCGGGAUCCCCGCUUUUGACAUGGGGUUGCAUUACGUCGCGUAUUCCGCCGGCGUCGAGGAGAGCUCGCUGGUGGAGACGCUGGGGAGGGGCCACGUGGCGGUCGCGGAUCCCGAGGCCGUGCACCGGAGCGGCUGGGACAAGGUGGCGGAGUAUUAUUUGGGCCGGCAGGACGUGAAGCUGGAUCUGGCCCGGUUUGAGCCCGUGCUGCUCAAGGCCAUGGCCACGCUCAGGGAGUAAUUAAGCUUGAUUAUUGCCCGGCCGGAUUAUUCAUCCUACAUUGAUAAUUGGUUCGAGCUAGCUUAGGAGCAGUUCCAUUUCUUCUUUUUUCUGUUCAUGGAUAUUCUCUUUUUUUGUUUUGGGGGUUGCUUCUCUCUUUCUUCCCAGUUCUUUUCUAAAGGAGCUGGUGAAUUGAUCGAAGGGUUUACAGUGAUUAAUACACAGUAUAUAUUUGUUUCAACCAUUUGAUUGGUCGACCGAGAAAUAAGCAUGUGAAUCGUGAGUUAUGUUUUUUC